AUGUCGAAGCGAGGAAGAGGAGGUACUUCGGGUAACAAGUUCAGGAUGUCACUGGGUCUUCCAGUGGCAGCCACUGUGAACUGUGCUGACAACACCGGUGCUAAGAAUCUCUACAUCAUUUCUGUGAAAGGGAUCAAGGGUCGUCUUAACCGUUUGCCGUCUGCCUGUGUUGGUGACAUGGUUAUGGCCACUGUGAAGAAAGGUAAACCCGAUCUCCGUAAGAAGGUUCUGCCUGCUGUCAUUGUUAGGCAGAGGAAGCCAUGGCGCCGAAAGGACGGUGUCUUUAUGUAUUUCGAGGAUAAUGCCGGUGUCAUUGUCAAUCCCAAGGGUGAAAUGAAAGGAUCUGCUAUCACCGGACCAAUCGGAAAGGAGUGUGCUGACCUGUGGCCGAGGAUCGCUAGUGCUGCAAACGCGAUUGUUUAA